GCCUGUUUCUUCCCCUCUCUCUCCUGAUUUCAUUUUCGCCCACUUCAUUAUAUCUCUGACCCGUUUGGUAGAUUCUUCAUUGUUAAGAUUCUUCCUUCUUUUUUUUUUUCUUCAUCGCCAAUCCGUUUCGGAAAAAUCCCUCAAAUCUGUUCGUUCUUCAGGUUUUGGAUGGUUGAUUUUAGGGUUUAUUUUUCCAGAUCUGUUGAACGCCAUCGGAUCCUGCGCGAUUUGUUCUCGCAUAAGUAGAGAUUCUUCGUUUUGAAGAAGGAUAUGGCGGAAGAACACAGAUGCCAAGCACCUGAAGGUCACCGUCUCUGCGCUAAUAAUUGUGGCUUCUUUGGCAGUCCAGCCACCAUGGAUCUCUGCUCCAAAUGUUACAGAGACUUCCGCCUCAAAGAACAAGAACAAGCCUCUACCAAAUCCACCAUCGAAGCCGCUCUCUCAGCCUCAUCUUCUUCUUCUUCUCCUUCCUCUUCACUGAUCGAUCCUCCUCCCGUUUCCCCUGUUGUAGCCUUGCCUUCGCCGGACACAGAUCUGACCAUCCCGCCCCUUGCAGCGGCUGGAUCUGAGGCGACGAUCCAGUCGUGCCCAAACCCGAACCCGAAUCGGUGUUCGUCGUGCCGUAAGAAAGUCGGUUUGACCGGGUUCAGAUGCAGAUGCGGAAUCACGUUCUGUGGAGCUCAUAGGUACCCGGAGAAACACGGCUGCACCUUCGAUUUCAAGUCAAUCGGAAGAGAGGAGAUCGCUCGUGCGAACCCCGUCGUGAAAGCCGACAAACUGGAGAGAAUUUGAGCGAUUUCUUCAGCCCUCAAGACUUCAGGACGUGACGUUUGAGAGCAAAUUUCUCGGUGGCCCAUUCUCCAAUCAUCUUCGCCGCCGCCCCGCCGUAAAAUCUCUCUCAGCCGUCCGUCCGACAACCGUCCGUCCAACAUCGCACUCGACGAUGCCGCUGUCUCUCUCUCUCUCUUCCUUUAUUUGAUACUUAUCUCUAUCACUAUCUGGCUACGUUAUAAAAAUAAGUGUGGACGAUGGGUUUUCUUGUAAAAAGAACUUCAAAUUUUUUUUCCCCUUUUGAUUUCAGUAUCGAUCUCUUUACUUCCAUUAAUGGUGUCCAUCUUUCUUCUCCGGCUGUGAACUGCUUCAUAAUAGCGUAUAUUCAUGAUUGAAGAACAUGAAGCAAUUCUGAAUUUGGGAGAGUUCUAAUGAGUUGAA